AACAACUACUAUGACUCUCAUAUAUACUGUCUACUACUAUCAUGGCCACUCCAACUUUUCUCGUCGUUUGCUAAUAAUUUUUCAUUCCAAUGCAACAACCUCCGGAACACUGUGCUCAGCAAGAUCCUCAACAGGUUAGCUCCCACGAUGUUCAAACUGUCAGUGAAGCACAGUCAUAUACAGAUUCAAAACGGGACAUUGGGAAGCUUUCUCUUCAGAUUCCUGCAAAACCUGUGAUAUUUGCCAAUUUUCACAAUGGUGAAGGAUCACUCCAAUCACAAGUAUCGUCAAAAUGUGCUGCAUCAUCAUCAGGAAGUAUUUUACGUGGGUUAAGCUUCAAGAAGAAAAUUAAUCCACCUGACUGUGAGAAAAGCCGCCUCUUAAAUUUAGAACCACAAGCAGGUGUUGAAAGUCCAACACUAUCCAAAGUUAUGUCCAAAUUUAGCUGGACAAGAUGUUCGUCCCUUCCAGGACCUACAUUUGGAUCAUUCCCUUCCGUUACUACCCCUGCUUCUGCAAGAACUAUUAACGAAUACGAGACAUCACAUAAAGGGAUUAUUAACAAAAACAUCUCGAGGUCUUUGUCCGUGCCAGGCAGAAAUGUUGUUAUUGUGAGGUCUCCAUCUGCGACUAGUAAAAUGCAUAAUCUGUCUGAAGUUCAUGAUGACCAGAUAGCUCCGGUUUCACCUUGUGCUGAUAAUGAUGAGGAGAUUCCUGAAGAAGAAGCAAUUUGCAGGAUCUGCUUUGAUACCUGUGACGAAGGAAAUACUCUUAAGAUGGAGUGUAGUUGUAAAGGUGCCCUUCAGUUAAUACAUGAAGAAUGUGCAGUAAAGUGGUUUAGCACUAGGAGAAAUAAGAAUUGUGAUGUUUGUGGGCAAGAGGUUCAUAAUUUGCCAGUGACCUUGCUUAGAAUGCCUUCUGCUGCUCAGUGGAACAACAGGCAGGAGCGAAUUCACCAAUCUGUGAAUUCUGGAUCAAUUAGCGCUUGGCAAGAUUUCGUGGUGCUGGUCUUAAUUAGUUCAAUAUGCUACUUUUUUUUUCUUGAGCAGCUAUUGAUCCAAGAAUUGAAGACUAAAGCAAUUGUGAUUGCCGCACCAUUUGCAUUUACUUUGGGCCUUGUAGCAUCAAUAUUGGCUGUAAACAUAGCGAUUAGAGAGUACAUAUGGACAUACGCAGCUGUAGAGUUUGCGUUUGUGGCCGUAAUCUUGUGUCUUUUCUACAAUGUGCUUCAUCUGAAUGCGGUCUAUUCUUUACUGAUUUCGUCGGUGUUAGGAUUUUCAAUCGCUUUGAGCCUUAACUCAUUAUAUAUUCAUAUAUUUUAUUGGAGGGUUCGUGCUGCUGAAAACGCUAGCAAUGUAUGAUGUAAAGAUCAACACAAAUAGAAGUAUAUUGAAAUUGAAACUAGUGGGCACAUUAUUGCUACUGCCUAUUGUUGUCAAGAACCUGCCCUGUUCCCCCAUUUAUAUUGCUAUUGCUGGAAAGGCUGGCUGGUAGAUUAACGUAUUGUAAUUUUCAAGUUUUGAUUGUGUUAAUGUAAAUAAUUUCAAUAAUAAAUAAAAAAUGUGUUAGUAUUAUUGGGCAUUAAUCGAUAACAAGUAAAUGUGUCUUGGACUCUUGGGAGAUUUUUCCCUAGAGUGUAGGGAAAGAUUGAAAAAAAUAAGAUAAAUAAACAAUUUAAUUCCGAAUAUAAGAUUCGGAAAAACUUAUAUCCCAAAAUAAGCUUCCGUACAUCCAAGCCUAGCCUCGGGUAAGUCGCUGUUAGUAACAGCGAAUGAGGAGAAAAAAAAAAAUUAAAAGGCCCUAAGUCGCUGUUAGUAACAGCGACUUAAAAAAAAAAAAAAAUUUUUUUUUUUAAAUUUUAAUAGUAUUGAACUUGAAGUCGCUG